AUGUCACCGUGUUAUGGACAAAACAGUGCCAUCGCCAAGGGGUCUUGGAACAGAGAGGUUUUACAAGAGGUGCAACCGAUUUAUCAUUGGCACGAUUUCGGGCAAAACAUGAAAGAAUAUUCGGCAUCACCCUUAGAGGGGGAUUCCAGCCUGCCUUCCAGCCUGCCUUCCAGCACUGAGGACUGUUUACUACUAUCAUUAGAAAACACAAUCACAGUUAUAGCCGGAAAUCAGAGACAGGCUUAUGACUCUACGUCGUCUACUGAGGAAGGUACAGCACCUCAAUUACGGCCGGAUGAAAUAGCGGACAGUACACACUGUAUCACGUCAUUAGUUGAUCCGGAGUUCAGAGAUCUUAUUAAUUAUGGACGUCAAAAAGGAGCAAAUCCUGUAUUUAUUGAGAGCAAUACAACAGAACAAUCCCAUUCACAGUGUAUUCUAGGCUAUCCCCAAAAAUCGCACGUGGCACAGCUAUAUCACGACCCCAAAGUACUCAGCACAAUUUCCGAAGGGCAAACAAAAAGAGGAAGUUACCACUGUUCUCAUUGUUCUGAAAAGUUCGCAACGUUAGUUGAGUUUGCCGCGCACUUAGACGAAUUCAACCUUGAAAGACCGUGUAAGUGUCCCAUAGAGCAAUGUCCCUGGAAAAUAUUGGGUUUCCAACAAGCAACUGGUCUGAGAAGACAUUGUGCUUCCCAACAUAUAGGAGAGCUUGAUAUAGAGAUGGAGAAAUCAUUAAAUCUAAAAGUAGAAAAAUAUCCAGGACUGAAUUGCCCAUUUCCUAUCUGUCAGAAAACGUUUAGGCGCAAAGACGCCUAUAAGAGACAUGUGGCCAUGGUGCAUAACAACGCUGAUUCAAGAUUUAACAAGCGUUUGAAGAAAAUUUUGAACAAUACCAAAUAG